AUCAAAUCAAGAGUCCAAAAUGUUCAAAAUUUUUGCUUUUUUGUUCGCUGUUCUGGCUGUAGCUUUCGCCGCACCAAAGGCCGAACCAGUUCCACAAGUCUUGGCAGCUUACAGCGCACCAGCUGUGGUUAGCAGUUACUCAUACCCAUACGCUGCUGCCAGUUAUGUUGCUCCAGUUGCUUACUCCGGAUAUGGCUCUUUGGCUUAUUCUGCCCCAUUAGCUUAUUAUUAAUUUGAUGAAUAAUUUUGACCUGGCCAUGUAUAUAUGAAGAAAAUUAAAAUAUAG